CCGGUUUAGGGUCGUGCUGUUGUUUUUGUAUAAAUUUGUUACUUAAUGCUUUAAAUAUAUGUGCAGUGAGAGUAUACUUUUUCUUUUUGAUUUAGUCACUAUUAGCCACCUUUUAUCUUCGUGAAAGAUAACCGUUGAAAAAAGGAGGUAAUCGCAUUCGGGAAAACGGAUUUUCCUGCGGUGGAACAAAAGAAAAACGGCCCAAAAGUUGCUGAGAGGUGGGGCAAGGUGGCAAACGAAGAAGAUAAACGGAAAACCAAAAGUGAAAAUGAUUGGCAUUGAAUGUAGCAGGUGGAAAUUGGGGAGGAGGAAAAUCUGUUGAAGAUGAGCUGGUGAACGGUUUUCCAUCUCGGUUUGUGCUGAUAGUGACAGCGAAAAUUGGCCCUGCAGGAUGCUGCUAGAAGGAGCAUUAGAGGAUGUAGUGAUUUCUAAUUCAGUUCUCCGGUUGUUAACGCGGUGAAAAUUGAAAUGAGUUUCCCCAGUUGGAUUAGGACCAUCGUGAAGCAGGAGUAGGAGCAACAGCAGCAGCACCAGUAAUCAGAUCAAAAUGGAUUUAGUGAAAAGCACCCAGUGGUUUUCGGUUGAAGAAUUGUGAAUGUGGGCCCCAGCCAAAACCGUGAAGCAAUCUGCCCGACUGAGGCGAGAAAUUUGUGGGAUUUUUUGAAGAGUUCUCGAACGCCCUGACUUGGAAGGCUUUGUUGAAGAAGAAGAACCCAGGGCGAUAAGGUGUGAAGCUGGGAAAAAUUGAAAAUUGGAAAAUCUCUGAAAACUGAUUAGUGGGAAAUUUUCGCUUGUUGGAAAAUCUGUAGGAGUGAAAAACGAGCCAUGUGAAAAGUGUGCAGCACAUAGGAAAAAGCGUGAGCGUUAGCCUGAAAAGUGAGCAGAGCAGGAGAGCCGAGGCUCAGGAAGAUCCAAGCCAAGCAGGAGCAAAGUCGAGAGCUGAGAGUGUGGUCCAGUUCGUGUUUGGAAGCCCCUGGAGCUUGACGGAAGAAACAAGGGCUUAUGUCGGGAGUGAGUGUAUUCGAUAAAUUCUCACGUUCGCACGGUGUGUAUGAGAGUCGUAUCCCAAUCAGCGACAAUGUGUCCUGAACCCGGAGUGAUUAGUGAUAAUGAUCGAUUCCAAAGAAGUGAUCAGACGCAGUGAAUCGUCGCCAUUCGAAAUAUCCAAAAACCAGACCAAUAGAAUAUCAGCUGUCAACUCCAUGGCCAUCAGCUGAGGCGUGAAACCCGAUUAAAAAAAAACUACCAAACGUGGAAAACAUCGCACAUCACAAAACCCGCUGAAGCAAGUAAAAGGGGAAAGAGAGAGAAACCCUGCGGCCACCAUUCGGUUUUUCCAAUGUGCAUUUUCACUCGAUCGAACACAUCCGGUGACAGUGGCUGCAAAUCCACCACCACCAUCAGCAGCAACAGAAGCAGCAGUAGUAGUGGCAGCAUCGAUCCGAGGGCGAUAAUUAGCGCCGGAAAUAUAAGACCCAACGGAAAUAGUUGUUGCUGGAGCAGCCGCCGGUACCGGAGCUGUACUCUAAUCGAUAGGAAUUCGCGCUUCCAUCGGCUAUUGCUGGGCGUGGAAUUGCCAGGGUCGGUUGGCUUUAAGUCAUGAAAACUUCACCUCACGGAAGGCGAUUGCUACGCGAACCGGAACAACAUCUACCGAGGCGGAACCAGUGGACAGUGGAAGCAGCAGGAUAUCGAGUGACAUUGAGCCAAUAAAGCGGAGCCAGGAAUUAUCUCUCUUUGACUGAUAUAGACUACAGGCACUACUACUCGUAGGUUUUCGAUACUGGCACUUGGGUCUCAAAUAUACAUUUAGACAGUCAAAACCACGUACUGCCACGCUUCGAUCCGUCUAGGCAACUUGGAAUUGGUCCCCGAAUCUCUACGCGCCUUAGAGAAUCAGAGAGAGAGACACACACACAUUAACACACUCACGCUCACCAAAUAGCACAUCCAGACCUGCACAAAGGUUCCGUUUUCGUGAACCAAGUGUCGGCAGAAAGUCGUAAAGCUCACUCACGCACGAAGAAGUUCUCGAACUCAGACAAUUAGAAGGAAUAGAAUAAUCAUCCCGAAGCAGCGCUCAAAAAUUGGAAACGUUGCACUCAUCGAACGGCUAUGCGAAUAAGUAAUAAAACUCUAAACAGAUAAACUCAGACGAAGAAUCCGUUAAAGAGUUGUACAGUAAACCCUAAUUGGAUUUAAAAGUAAUUGAUAUUGAUUAAUAAUAAAACAGUGACAAGCAUAGUAUAUUACUCGUAAAAUUGAAAUAACGUUUCAUAAACAAAGACAAGUUUGCUGCAAUUCAAUAAUAAUAAUAAUAUCAAUAGUACUUUAACAAUUUUCAACAAAUUGAAUUAAUAUUAAUAGAAGCUAACCGUAAAGGAACAGGAAGUUUAAUCCAUCUUAAUAAUAAAGCAAAAUAGUUCGAAUAAUAUGUUUGGAAAACUCAAUAAUAAACAGACAAACUUAUCAAUGAAAAAUAAACAUCAACUAAUAGCAUAUUGUUAUUAAAAGUAUUUAAAAAGCGACUCAUCUCUAAUUAAGGACACAAGUAAUAAUAUUAGUAGCGUAAAACUAACAAAUUUAAAACAAAUACCCGGAAACGAAAUAUCUACCAACAAGCGAUCAACCACCAAACAUAACAACAGCAUCAAACCAACAAUAGAACCACAAAAACCCUUUGGAACAAACCUGCAACACUGACUCGAAAGAAGAGGAAAAGGAAACGCAAAAAUCCGUAGUUCAGAGAAGGAAGUCUUGCUCUCUCUCGCUCAUCCACACAAAUCGUCAUCAUCAUCGUCGUAAUCAUCUGUAGUCGUCAUUUGCUAUCGUCAUCGAAUCCAUAGUCCAGUAGGCAGCAGUAGUACACGGCAACAAUUCUGCCAACAACCCUGCCGGAAUGAAGAAGAUCCUGGUGAUCGUGAUCAAGAUGAUCAAGAUGAUCUCCAAGAUAAUCAUGCUCAGCCGGUAUCACAACUUUCGGUGCUACAAGCAGCUGCGGCUGUACAAGUGGAUCAUCGUGUUAAUGCUGAUCGUCAACUCGGUGAUGGUGUGUAAGGCGGGAUACAACGAGAAGCGGUUGCUGCACGAUCUGCUGGAUACCUACAACACCCUGGAGAGGCCGGUGGUCAACGAAUCCGAUCCGCUGCAGCUCAGCUUCGGACUGACGUUGAUGCAAAUCAUUGACGUGGACGAAAAGAAUCAACUGCUCGUUACGAACAUAUGGCUGAAGCUCGAAUGGAAUGAUAUGAAUUUAAGGUGGAACAUAUCGGACUAUGGUGGUGUCAAAGAUCUACGAAUACCACCGCAUCGAAUUUGGAAACCAGAUGUUUUGAUGUACAACAGUGCUGAUGAAGGCUUUGAUGGCACAUAUCCGACAAACGUAGUCGUGCGUAAUAAUGGUUCUUGUUUAUAUGUGCCACCAGGAAUCUUCAAAUCAACAUGUAAAAUAGAUAUAACGUGGUUUCCAUUUGAUGAUCAAAGAUGUGAAAUGAAGUUUGGUAGUUGGACAUAUGAUGGUUUCCAGCUGGAUUUACAGCUGCAAGACGAAGCGGGAGGGGAUAUUAGUAGUUUCGUGACGAAUGGGGAAUGGGACCUGCUGGGCGUCCCGGGGAAGCGUAACGAAAUCUACUACAACUGCUGUCCGGAGCCUUACAUCGAUAUCACAUUCGCCAUCAUCAUCCGGCGGCGGACGUUGUACUAUUUUUUUAAUUUGAUCGUCCCGUGCGUGCUGAUAGCGUCGAUGGCACUGCUCGGAUUCACACUACCGCCGGAUUCCGGAGAAAAGUUAUCAUUAGGUGUAACAAUUUUAUUAUCAUUGACUGUAUUUUUAAACAUGGUUGCUGAAACAAUGCCAGCCACGUCGGAUGCUGUUCCACUUUUAGGCACAUAUUUUAACUGCAUCAUGUUUAUGGUUGCAUCAUCCGUUGUUUCGACAAUUUUAAUUUUAAAUUAUCACCAUAGAAAUGCGGACACACACGAAAUGUCUGAUUGGGUUAGAAUCAUAUUUUUAUAUUGGCUGCCAUGUAUUUUAAGAAUGAGCCGACCGGGUAGAUCUUUAUCAGUGGAAUAUCCACCAACGCCAACGUCGGAUAGUUCCGAACGGAAAACGCACAUACAGGACGUCGAACUGAAAGAGCGAUCAUCGAAGUCGUUACUAGCGAACGUAUUAGAUAUAGAUGAUGACUUUCGUCACAACUGUAGACCACUAACCCCCGGAGGUACACUGCCACAUAAUCCAACGUAUUUCAGGACUGUUUAUAGUAGCGAUGAUGGAAGUAUGGGACCGAUCGGAAGCAAUCGAAUGCCAGAUGCAAUCGCGCCACCACACACGUGUUUCACAUCAUCCGCUGAUUACGAACUAGCUUUAAUAUUAAAAGAGAUACGUUUUAUCACCGAUCAGAUACGGAAGGAGGACGAGGACAGCGAUGUCGCGAAAGAUUGGAAAUUCGCAGCAAUGGUAGUUGAUAGAUUGUGCCUUAUAAUUUUCACGUUUUUCACAAUAGUAGCAACCAUAGCUGUUCUAUUUUCGGCUCCACACAUCAUCGUUUCGUAGCCAUAUGGAAAAGGUUAUUGUUAUUGGUUUUAUCAUAAAAUCAAUUUGUUAUUCAUUAAAUUAUUGUCGAAACUUUUUAAAUAAAUUCCAAAUCACUAGACACUGAGAGAAGUCGCGCGUGUGUGUGAGCUGAAAAAGAAAUAAAUUGAGGUAGUGUGUAAGACGAAAAACCAAAAAAUCAGUAAAACAAAGCGGAACAGCGAAAUGGUGCUGCGUUAGAAUGGAACAAAAAAUUUAAGAAUACUAAAUAGAAGAAAAUUCGCUGAAAUAAAAAAAAAAAA